CUCAACUCGACGCUGCGAAGACGACUUAUGCGUCCCUUGUCUGACGUGGAAUAUAGUCUUCGUGAAGCACGUUCGCGGUAACGAUUCCAUCGCGAAAUACUAUACAUUAUACCUAGGUCACCACGCUUGUGCUUUCCGUUGCAUAUUGGGCAAAAUGACCACUGCUCACAGGCCCACGUUCAACCCGGCACAAGGAAAGGAAGCUCAACGAGGCCCUGCAUUCCACACGCGACUGCUCCCUGCCCAUACAACUCUCAAGUUCAGGCAAGCUGGUCAGGGCGGAACUGCUGACGAGGGAGCUCGCGACCUUCGUGCCGAACUCCUCAAGGCGGAGGCGGCUGCGAAGGCCAAGAAGCUUGGGAAGACAAUUGACGAACAUGAAGAGGAGCAGUCUCGAUCCACGCCAAAGCGAGCACUCGAGGCAGCUGAAGACGAGGCAGAUGAUGAGGAGGACCCUGAGGCCAAACGGCGAAGGCUGAUAUUGGAACAAGCCGCAGAGGAAGACGCAGAUUCGGCUGGUUCAAGCGAAGACGAGUCAAGUGACGAUGAUGACGACGACGACGACGAGGAAGACGAAGAGGCAGAGCUGAUGCGGGAACUUGAGAAGAUCAAACGGGAGCGAGCAGAACAGCGAGCCCGAGAAGAGGCUGAAAGGCUUGCCAAAGAACAAGAACAACGCGAAUAUGACAUUGCCAGAGGCAAUCCAUUGCUAAACCCGACUGACUUCAACGUCAAACGGCGCUGGGACGAUGAUGUAGUCUUCAAGAAUCAAGCGAGAGGCACAGAGGAUAAGAAGCCGAAAGAGUUUGUCAACGAUUUACUGCGAUCGGACUUCCAUAAGCGAUUCAUGAAUCGUUAUGUGCGAUGAGUGACGCGGUUGCGAACGCAUCAAGUCACAGCACUCCCCCGGCAGAUUUUUACGUGUACGUCCGUGCAGAAACUCAGCGCAAGCGAAAAUCGUCGCUGUACUGAAAUGAUAAUCACACGUCGGGCUUGGCGGCGUGACAUCAUUACGCUUUAUCUAUGCCCCAGCCGAUCAGCAAGUUCUAGCCGUUCAGAGAAGCAUAUAUAACAGAGAUGUACUCUGAUUGGAUUGGAUCAAUGAAUGAAUCCAGUUAUUCUUGCACCAGGCUCGGAUAGCAAGCGAGAUGUACGAUCAAGGCUCUUGGCGUGGGCGCCAAUGUUCGGGUUCGCCCAUCGUUAUAGGCUUGACAACAAUUGCUUGUGGGAUAGAUUUACAAUUGAUUGGAUGCCAUAAUGAAACCUAGGAUGUCGUGAAAAAGAAGCAUCUUCAUAUCAUCUUUUGGUCGAGAUUGUGUGACGAACAUGGCUUUCUCAGUUACAUGAUCUGUGGCCUUGUUAACCUUGCGUGCAUUUUUAUCUAUGUAUUGAGUCUCGCCUUGAUCCCAUUAAUUUUACGCUAAACCAUCUGCCAAGGCUGUCACUGUAUCUCUCUCACCUUGCGAAAAAGUAAACAAAUUAUGGCAGGCUACGGCAACAAGACUUCCGGG